UGGCCCGCUUGACCACUGUGCUGCUAGAAGCGAUAUUCUUUUACUUUUUCAACAUGUAUUUCGAAAGAGGCCACAUGCACCGCAGAUUCCCUUGAAAUCCCGCAUUUCACUCAGAUCAGAAGCAAACGCUCGUCGCAGCACUUUGCAUCCUGUGCAUCACAAAUGGAUAAUAAUUCAUUGCUAAGGCAGGCGUUUGACGUUCUGAGCAAUGAAGCCAAAGAUCUCAUGCUAAGCUCCAGCAUUCCAGAGAUUUUUGGAGCACCAACUGCACUAGAAUUUGUACGGGAUAAUGUGGCGAAGAAUUUCCCAUUGGUUAUACGUGAGGCAACCAACGAUUGGCCUGCGGUGGAGAAAUGGCAUUCAAAGUUCUUCAGAGAAACGCUAGCAGACAAGGAAGUUACUGUGGCCAUUACCCCCAAUGGAUACGCAGAUGGUUUGGCCAAACACGAAGGGGAAGAUUUUUUUGUACUGCCUUUAGAGACGCAAAUGACAAUGGAUCGGUUUCUAGAUUGCCUGGAUAGUCGAGGGUAUUCCCAAAUAAAAUACAUUGUAAAAAUGUUAGUUUUAACGGAUGUACUUUUUAGCGACACCAUCCAUUAUAUUCAGAGACAAAACUCAAAUUUAACGGAGGACUUCCACGAAUUAUGGCGGGACAUCGACACUAAAACACUCAAUUUCGCUACCGAAGCCUUCAACAAGGUGCCAGAUGCUGUAAAUUUUUGGAUGGGGGAUGAACGCGCAGUUACGUCCAUGCAUAAAGAUCCAUAUGAAAACAUCUAUUGUGUUAUAUCGGGAUAUAAAGAUUUCAUACUGAUACCGCCAGUAGAUAUGCAUAAAGUCCCGAGAAAGCGUUACCCGAUGGGCAUCUAUAUGCAGGAAAAUGGUGGAACGAUGGUUAUUGAACCUAUUUUAAAUGAAAUUGGCAAACCACGCCUUAUUGAGUGGGUUAGUAUUGACCCAUUGGAACCGGACAUCGACAAAUACCCGGAAUAUGCUGACGCUUCUGUUUAUGAAAUCCGCGUCAAUGCUGGCGACAUACUGUAUCUGCCCAGUCUCUGGUAUCAUCACGUACGCCAAAGUCACAAAUGCAUUGCCGUCAACUUUUGGUACGAUAUGGACUACGACGCGCGGUACUGUUACUACAAAAUGAUGGAAAAACUUUGCGGUUAUGGAGAUGAGGUGGAAUUGUAAAAAAAAACAUCCGGUUGGAUCACUUUCCGUUGAUUUUAUGCACGAAACGCACAUAAUGUUGUGAUAUACGUUCGGGGUCACCUACGAAACAUUUUUUACGUUUUAAUACUUGUACGUGUAUAUUUUCUACUCUUUUAGUUUUCUACGUUAAAAAUGCACAUUAUGACUAGAACUUGUUAUACAGUUAUACUUUGAAACAACGUAGGAUACUCUAAUU